AUUAAAGAGAUGCACACCUACAAGGUAAAGACUCAGAUGCUUCAGUAGACCAUUAAAUUGUGCUGAGGCCAGCAGCACUGGCACUACAGCCGACAGGGCUGGUUAAUCCUCUGGAGAAGAAGUGGGACCUGGGCUGGUGCUAAUUGGGAAGAAUGAAACUUCUAUAGAAGCCAAUAGGGCCUCCCCCCCAAAACAUGCCACGGCCACUUCUGGCGGGCUGCUCACAUUCCCGAGGCCUGAAAGAAGAAGAAGAGGAAAUCCAGCCCUGUUACCACCACCACAUACCACCUGCCCCAGACCACAUCAAGGGUCACAUCAGCUCUGGAGACAAUCAGAUGAAAAAUUCAAAUGACCCACCCACAUUUUCUUUGAAAGGGAUGGGUAAAAACAAGAACCGUGGUCCGGGAAGACAGCAUGAAGUGAAAAAUAGAAAUUACAGAAAGAAAAUGGCGAGGCAGAACCUAGGGCUUGAAGUAGUGUCUUUGUCUCCAGAACCACUGGGCUUGAACUUGGAAUUUCAAGAGCCAUUAUACAAGGAGGCAACAGUUUCUGAUCAUUUAUCAGAUGACGAUGACGACUGGAGAGAAAGAUACCCGCCAUCUGCCUAUGACAAAGUGCAUCUGUCGAGGAUUGCCGGCAUGGCUCAGUGUGAUCCAUACAAUUACAACACAACUAGUCUUUCGGGGAUGGAGGCUUUCUCUUCGUGGGGGUUCAGUGACAACGAGACGUGUAUUGGGUGCCCUUCUCAUACCAAGACGGAUGAAAGCUAUGUUGCCCAUGAAGAACCCAUAGAAAAUAUGGAAUAUGUGUCUCCGCAGCUGAGCUACCAAGAGCUUAGGGAGGAAAAUUCCAUGCUGAGGAGGAAGAUCAGAAGGAUCCAAAACUUCUCAGAAAGUCAGACCCAAAUGGUAAGGAACCUGGAGAGGACAUUGCAAGCCACGGUGAAUAAAGAGGAGAAAGACGCUCAGGAUCUGGAAGCUCUGGUGCAACAGGCAGAACAAAAUCUCCAGUGCAUGACUCAAAGAGCCCUGAAGGCAGAGAGUGAUGUUGAGAAGAUGAAGCAGGAGAUGUGCUUCCUCCAGGCUGAGCUGACCUGUUACAAAGUGGAGAACGAAAACCUGCGAUCAGGCCAAACUAGCAACAUGGGAGCAGUGAAACAGCAUGUUGAAAUUGCCUUGCAGAACCUCCUCAGGGUCACCAACCAUGCACACGCUACCAUCCACCAGCUCGUCUUUGGAGCUGAGACGUUGGCGCUUGUUGCUGACCUCCUUAAAUCUGUAGGCAGGAUGUCUGAAGUUGAAGAGGAAGUGAUAAAAGAAACUUAGGGAGCUCUCUUGCCUGCAAGUGCAGUGCUCCUGUGGUACCUUUUGAAGCUUAAAGAAUUUGCUCUCGUAACGCUGAGGCAUUCCAUGGCUCCAAAUAAGCGACCUCUCUCUUUCCCCCAGAAGUACUUUUAUUACAUAAUGGAAAAUUAAUUUCAUAUACUCAUGACUUGAAUACUCUGUUUCAAAGCUUAACUUAUAAGAGGUAACAGUGUUCAGGUCCCAUGGACACCUGCAGACCUUAGUUUAGUUUUUUUUAAGACUCAGGCUUUGAGCCAAGCUAAUGUGGAACACCGGAUUGACGCUUGUGUGCUUGUAGCAGCCACACGGAAUGGGGGAGAUGAUUCAGAUUGGAACAGUGGCCUGGUGGGGAGGAGAAUUCAGAUCCUCCCCACCUCACCAGCCAGGACUGCUAUUUGUACACAGCUCUGAGUACAUCCUCAAUCUUAAGGAUGUUUUCAGAUGAGAUGGGAGCCACUGUCAUGUUAUUUAUGUAAACGUCUAAGCCCUGCUGGUGUAGGGCAAUGGGAAAAGAGCCUUUGUAAAGCAGAUAAACAUGCCGCCUAAUGC